CCGUUAACGGCCAUGGCGUCGCCUGAGGCCCAAGCCGGGCCUUCUCGGCCUCUCCCUCCCUGCGCGCCCGGCUCCCACGUUUUCCUCACUGUGGAGAUGCACGCGGGCGGGGAGCCGCUGCGGGUGGUUCCUCCGGGCGGCCUGGGCCCCUUGGAGCCCCCCAGGGACCUUCCCCUGCUGGCCCGUCGCCGCCUCCUCCUGGAGCUCCCGGAGCUGGACGCGGCCCGGCGGCUGCUGAUGCACGAGCCCCGCGGGCACCGCGACAUGUACGGCGCGGCGCUGGUGCCCAGCGAGCUGCCGGGCGCCGCCUUCGGGGCUCUCUUCGUGCACAACGAGGGCGGCAGCGCCAUGUGCGGCCACGCCGUCCUGUGCCUCGCCCGCUUCGCCCUCGACUACGGGCUCUGCCCGAAGCCUCCGGGACCCGGCGAGGCCGCCGUCGUCAUCCACUGCCCCUGCGGGCCCGUCACCGCCUUCGCCAGCUGGGACGGCCAGCGCAGCGGCAGCCGAGUCCGCUUCCACAGUGUCGCCGCCUUCGCCGCCGCCACCGAUUUAACAGUUGAUGUCCCUGGCUAUGGAAAAGUAGUUGUGGAUGUUGGAUAUGGCGGCACUUUCUAUGCAUUUGUCAGUGCUGAUCGAUUGGGACUUGAUCUUUCUUCUUCAAGGAUAAGGGAUCUAGUAGAUGCAGCAUCUGCAGUAACUGAAGCAGUAAAGGCUCAGUUCAAAGUUCACCAUCCUGAGGUUGAAGACACGGCUUUCAUUUAUGGGACUAUCCUGACAGAUGGGAAAGAUGCAUUUAGUGAUGAACCAACAAGCAACAUAUGUGUGUUUGCAGAUGCACAGGUUGACCGAAGUCCUACUGGGUCAGGUGUGACAGCUCGCAUUGCUCUACAAUACCAUAAAGGACUCAUUCAGCUGAACCAGACUAGGACCUUCAGAAGCAGUACAACUGGUUCCCUGUUCACUGGAAAAGCAAUAAAGGAAACCAAAUGUGGUGACCACAAUGCUGUUAUUGUAGAAGUCUCUGGAGAAUCCUUUUAUACUGGAAUAUCAACCUUCACUUUUGAGGAGGAGGACCCACUGAAAUACGGUUUCUUUCUCAAGUGACUGUGCUACUAUACUGCUUUCAAUAACCCUGUUUACUUUUGAUAUGUGUAUUUUGCUUUCUUUCAAUUGCUGACAUUACCCUCUAUCUUACUGGUGAUUAAGACUCUCAUUCAUUUUCACCAAAGUGGUUCUGAAGCUCCUUGUCCUUACAUAAAAUGUAAUAGGAGCUAGUGUGGCACUAUGACUUAAGGCUGAACUGUGAAGUUAGCAGGUUCAUUUGAUUGCCGUAGGGUAGGCCCUACUAAGUCUACGCCCUCCCCACCUUUAGUAUGGAGAUGAUAAUACUGACAUGCUUUACAAAGUUGUUAAGAUUACCAAGAUACAUAUAUAAAUGCUUGUUCCUGUUACUAGCAAUAGGCUGGUGAAGAUUGAUAAGCAGGUAAGGGAUGGAGGUUUCUUCCCCUUUCUCCAACCCCACAGGCUCACUUAUCUGGUCUGGUCUGAUAAAUGAAUAAAAUGAAAGCUUCUCAUUUAUGUGGGAGAUUCUCUGGGGGGGGGGGGUGUUGAACAUGUAUUUGCCAUUAGCCUCUAACCCUUGAGAUCAGAGCUUGGGCAUACCUGUAUAUCCCCACAAGUUUAUCUGGGUAGUGUUGCACCUUCUUGACCAAAUAUUCUGAUUAUCUUCAAAACACCUACAUGUCCCCCUCCUGUCUGCCUGGUAUUUUCAAUUUCAACUUGCGUAACUUUGUAAAAACAUGUCAAACUAGUUAAAAACAGCAACUUAGAAGACCUCUGAAGGCUUCAAAACUGUUCCGAAGCUAGCCUGUUUUGGCUACCACUGCUUUGGAGCCAAGCUGCUUCAGAUUCCAAGACAGUUUGAUUUUUUCCAAGGUGAGGGUCCUACCUCUGACUUGUGUUCUGCCUGAGGUGAAUGCAGUACCCUAAUGAACAAGACUGCGAAAUAACCCCUGCAGAGGGCCAUUUUUAUAUUCCAAGUGCUACAGAAUUUGUAUGUUACAUUUCUUAGACCUUUUUGAUGGCUGUUAUGUCUCUUCAUGCUGCUUUCAUUGCCUGACUUCUUUAACCUUUACUGUAAUGCUGCAGUGCAGGUACAAAUGUGUGCAUGCAAUACUUUUAACAUUUUCCUUCUUUGUGUUAAGUUCCUGGGAUAUCAACAGGCACCUGAUUAAAGAACAUGUUAAAAGUAAUUUCCUGUAACAGACACUAGCAAUAAGUCAAGCUCUGGAAUCCUGAUUCUCAAAAGAGGAUGAAGGUAUGACUGCCGCACCACAAGCUUCAUUUAAAGUAUGCUUUAGUUUAACAUUUACAUUUAUCAGUAUUUUAGUUAAUAUUUUAUAUUGUCUUAUGUAAAACCACUUAGGGCUUUUUGUUUUUAAGUGGAAUACUAAGCAUGCUGCAGCCCCACCUUGUCAAAUAAAAUUAAAGAAUUAUUAUGUCAUGA